AUGUGUGUCGUGUCUGACAGACAUGAAAGCAUAAUACACGCAGUUUCUAAGGUGUAUCCUAUUGUUCCUCAUUUGGCUUGUAUAUGGAAUUUGUGGAAAAAUGUGACAAAGCAAUACACAACAAACAGUGAGGUGUUGAGUCCUAUAUUUUAUUCACUAGCGAAGGCAUACAGCCAGGAUGAGUUCGAUAAAUUGAUGGAGAAGACUGGGAAUGUUGAUAUUCGGGUAAAACGAUACCUAGAAGAUGCUGGAAGAGAUAAAUGGUCUAGGCUUUAUUCACCUGUUAACAGAGGAUGGACAAUGACUUCGAAUAUAGCCGAAUGUAUUAAUGGAAAACUGUAUGGUAAAACUGCUCAGGUAAUGCUUGUUUAUUGGUUAAAUGGUUCUCAGGUUGAAGCGUCAACUGAAUAUGUUUACACAGUGAAUGAUGGUCCGAGGCGUUUCAUAAUAGAUUUGAAGAAGAAAACUUGCAGCUGCAGGAUGUUCCAACUGGACGAGAUACCGUGUUCUCAUGCAUGGGCAGUGUUGAAGAAUAAAAAUUUGAUUGCUGAUGCAUAUUGUUCGGAUUUAUUCAAGCCGGAAACAGUUGUGAACACAUAUGAUAUGCCAGUUGAUCCUCUUCCCGACGAGACCGAGUGGAAUGUUCCUAAAAGUAUAUCAGAUGAAGUUGUUAUGCCACCGAUCUAUAAGAGACCCCCUGGGAGGCCAAAAAAGAAGAGGGACAAGCCAUUACAGGAGUUGAUGAUUGGUAAACGAAGGAAUUCCUGUGGUAAAUGUGGAGGUCUUGGUCAUAACAGGCGUUCGUGUGAUAAUCCGACGCUCAAUAAGAAGAAUAAAUAA